AUUCUUAUAUCAUCUUCUUUGCCACGUGCAAUGUUUAAGAGAAGAUAAAUACAUAUUUGAAUAUUUUGUAGUAUAUAUAUUAAUAAUUGUAGUAUAUAUUAAUAAAAUAAUUAAAAAAAAAUAAUAAUGGAGCAAGGCUUUUCUACAAAAGCUAUUCAUGCUGGACAAGAUUCAUUACAAUGGAAUGACUGUUCAGUAGUACCUCAUAUUACAUUAUCCACUACUUUUCAACAAGAUGGACCUGGGCAACCUAGAACUUUUAUUUAUGGAAGAAGUGGCAAUCCUACAAGAAAUGUUUUACAAACAUGUUUAGCUGCUUUAGAAGAUGGAAAACAUGGAUUUGUUUUUUCAUCAGGUUUAGGUGCUACAACAGUUUUAAUUUCACUAUUAAAUGCAGGAGAUCAUAUUAUAUCUGGAGAUGAUAUUUAUGGUGGAACUAAUCGUUUUUUCAAAAAUUGUUUAAAAAAUAUUUCAGUAACAUUUGUAGAUAUGAUAGACAUAAAUAAUAUCAUAACCAAUAUACAACCAAAUACAAAGAUGAUUUGGUUAGAGACACCAACUAAUCCUUUACUUAAAGUAAUUGAUAUUGAAGCAGUUACUCAAGCAGUGAAGCAAGUAAAUUCUGAAAUUCUUGUAAUAGUAGACAAUACUUUUCUAACAUGUUAUUAUCAAAAACCAUUAAAGUUAGGUGCAGAUAUUGUAAUAUAUUCUUUAACAAAGUAUAUGAAUGGACAUUCAGAUGUUAUUAUGGGUGCAGCAAUUACAAAUAGAGAAGAUAUUGCAAAUAGACUUCGAUUUUUACAAAAUGCUAUGGGUGUUGUUUCAUCACCUCUAGAUUGUUUCUUGGUUAAUCGUAGUUUAAAAACUCUAGAACUUAGAAUGCAGCAACAUAUGAAAAAUGGGCUUGCAGUUGCAGUAUUUUUACAAUCACAUCCAUGUGUAGAAAAAGUAAUUCAUCCAUAUUUACCAUCACACCCACAGCAUGAAAUUGCUAUUAGACAAACAUCUGGUCAUAGUGGAAUGGUUUCAUUUUAUUUAAAAGGUGACUCUAGUAAAUUUCUAAAGGCAUUAAAGAUAUUUACAUUAGCAGAAUCACUUGGUGGUUAUGAAUCUCUUGCUGAAUUGCCAUCUGUUAUGACUCAUGCUUCAAUUCCUGAAGAAACUAAAGAAAUGUUAGGUAUUAAUGAUAAAUUGAUUCGUUUGUCUGUUGGUCUUGAAACUGAAAGGGAUAUUUUGGCUGAUCUUGAUCAAGCUCUUAAAGCUAGUCAAUAAAUGUUUUAAUUUUAUAUGCAUAUUCAUAGUGUUGAAUUGCUAGUAUAAAUAACAUAUAUGUUAAUAUGAUAUAUUAUAUUUGGUGCAUAAUUAUUGUGGCUUUUUUUCAACAAAUUUUAUUCAACAAAAACAAUAUUUAAUAAAAACAUCUUUAAAUGAUUAUUCUGAAGCAUAUUCACCAUCUACUUCAAUUACUAUUUUCCAUUUGCUUGACAACCGGUCAAUUUCAUGGGUGAAGAAAUUUCUGUUCUUAG